UACUUAUCGGUGGAUAGUGUGAGUUGUGUCCGGUGAAGCGACACACCUUGCGCCUGAGCCUCCUACUGAACCAAGGCCUGCGAGGGAUGGCCUGAAGGCUCUUUUGGCAGUGCUUGUGUUAAGGAAAGAUUCGUAGUGCUGAUGUGCGUGUGUAAUGGGAGCUAAGAGUUCAGUUGAAAAGAAAGCUCGAAGUUGAAGUACAAAAGUGGGGCGAACAAGAGCCUAGAAAAGUAUCCUUGUUAAAGCUGCCACACCCCCGAGAAGAGGAGGCGGCUCAACACUCACUCGUCAACCAGCAACAGCGUCCUGGGUGACACACCAAGAGCAACAUGGCAUGCCCCAGGGGAGUCACUGGUCUCUUCGGCUGGUCUCUGAUCCUGACCGCGGCACUGGUCCUCCUAGUCCCCUCCACUUCGGCCCAGAGCUGUAUAGAUAUAUUUAGUUCUACGUCUGCCACUCUCAGUGGCUUUGACGAUACAGUGUUGCUUGAAAUCAACGUGGAAGAAACAACUUCAAGUGGCACGGAACUGUACACGCUCACCUGGACCGAUGAUUGCGUGGAUCCUCCGACAAUCACCGACGAAAGCUUCAACGAUUACUUCACUGUUAACGACACAGACGACUGCAUGUGGGUGGUGACAGUGAAUACAGCGUUGACAGGUGUGCCGGAUUACCCCAGUCCUCAGAGCCAAAUGUCAACAGAAGUAAUGUUCACCGGCUUCACCACCAUCACCGGCGAUUGUUCAGUGACGCUGACACACAAAAUAAUGGACGAAAACACUCAGAAACCUACCCCGGAGGCCACGACCUACACUCUGGAUAUCCCCGAAAAUUUGAACACUGGCUACACCAUUCCUGAGUUUAAUACAUCGGUGCACGACCAAGAUGGUACAGAACCCAACAACCAAUUUUCUGUGAGUGUGAAUGAUGGCUGCCCCCUGGAGUCCACGCUGCUCACCUACACCUCGGGGCUGAACGCGCGGCCAGUGGAAUACAAGCUGCGGGAGCCGUUGGACUUCGAGGUGCUAAAAAUAAUCACGUGCGACGUCACUUUCGAGGACAAAGGGACUCCUCCUCUGACGGACACCGCCACCAUCACCAUCAAUGUAGUAGACGUGAACGACGAGCCUCCUGUCUUCAGCUACGCAUAUUAUUACAGUGAAGUUUCCUCCGUCUUGAAUCCCGGCGAUCCGCUCGACAUCUACCCUGACCCGAUCAUGGCAACUGACGGCGACACUGGAAUCAACGCUAUCGUAACAUAUGCCUUGGAGAAUGCCAACCCGGACGUUGACGGUCUGGAGUAUUUUUCAAUAAAAGGGAACACAGGCGAAGUGGCGUUGAUAAAGGACCUGGACAACGACUUCCUCCUCAACGAACGGGUCCUCUUCAUCGUCCAGGCCUCCGAUGGCAUGCUGACCGCCCCUGCUAUUCUUGACGUCACGCUGCCGCCUGUGCCCACCACCACUGCUUCCACCACCAUUGCCUCCACCACCCCCGACACUACCUGCGAACCAUGUACGUGUCCGACUUACACGACAGAAUUACUCACCGACUGCCCAACCACACCGACUGAAGCCACGUGUACCCCAUGUCCAACUGACACAACCAUGGAUUGCACAUGUCCGGUCGUAACCUGUCCCACCACACCUACUGAAGGCACGUGUACCCCAUGCCCAACUGAAACCACCGUGGAAUAUACGUGUCCCGAAAUAACCUGUCCAACCACACCUACUGAAGGCACGUGUACCCCAUGUCCAACUGAUACAACCAUGGAUUGCACAUGUCCGGUCGUAACAUGCCCCACCACACCUACUGAAGGCACGUGUACCCCAUGUCCUACUGAUACAACCAUGGACUACACGUGUCCGGUCGUAACCUGUCCCACCACACCUACUGAAGUCACGUGUACCCCAUGCCCAUCUGAAACCACCGUGGAAUAUACGUGUCCCGAAAUAACCUGUCCAACCACACCUACUGAAGGCCCCACCACCACCACCAUCGAUCCUACCGUGACGUGGGACCCUGCCCUACCCCCCCUCACAUUCAAGAAAGAGUCGUAUGUUGGCGACAUAUAUGCCUCUUUUUCAACAGUGUUUGAUGUGGAAGUGGAAAACAACGAAGGAUAUGGAGUCACAUAUUCUUUGCGCGGCACGGGCAGCGAGCACUUCACCAUCGUCGGCAACAGCAUUGGCACGAUCAGCGUGAACGAGGCCGACCCGCCGCCCGUGAAUACGUACGAGAUGGAGGCGCUGGCUGUCAUCACGAGCACCCCCACUGAGCGAGCCACGACCAGGAUCGUCAUCCACGUGCUUCCACAGUCAUUUGACGAAGUGGCCAUCCUGAGCAGUAUCAUAAGGGCCUCGGUGUCGGAGGGCGAGGGGCAGCAGGAGCUGGGCACCGUCACCCUCUCUGACUCCGCCAACAUCGUUUGUGUCAAGGGAGCCGAACCGUCCAACUUGAAAGAUCUCUUCACCGUCGAGAAGGAGAGUGACAGAGUGUGGAAGCUCAAGAAAUCAGGAGCCUUGGACUACGAGCAGACCAAGGAGAUAACGCUGGCCCUGCAGGCUUAUACAGGAGGAGGAGCUCCGACAGACUGCAAUACAUUCAAUGAAGAUAUUCCAGCCGAGUUUUCGAAGAGUGAAGCCUUAGCAAUCAUCACCGUGACCGACACUGACGACGAGGCCCCAGUGUUCAGCAGCGGUGACCUGGUGGCGGCCUACCCGACCAACGAGGGCCUCAAGAGGGUGGUGGGGCCGGUUGUCUCUGUCCACGCCGAUGACAAGGACACCGAGGACUUGAAGUACUCCGUGGCGGGUGAAAACGCUGCCCAGUUCACGGUGGACGAGGAGACAGGUGACGUGUAUGGCGUGGAGGGCUUGAGCUGCGACAGCGAGUGUGUGUUCAGCGUGACGGCCUCGGACGGCACCAAGCAAGACCAGGUCAACGUUAAGGUUCUCCCUCUUAACACGGACCACGUCUUCACCUUCAUGAUGCCCAACACGGCCCUGUCGGCGGUGGACGACAAGCUGCAGGAGCUAUCUAAUGAAGCGGGGUCCCAGAUUUCGAAGCUCUACGUCAGCGCCACGAAGACCACGACGAGGCGGGGGAGGACGAGGUACCGACGCGACACCACAACGACUCUCGAGGUGCACGUCUACAGCAUCAAAGACGGUGCCCUGAUGAGUCGUGAAGAACUGAAUAGUGCUCUCACGGACGGCUCCUCGGGCCUUCAAGCGGAAACGUUCAACGACGCGGAGGUGUUUGAGGUCGAGGUGGUGGACACGACGGGACUGACGGUGGCAGUGGGGGUGCUGGGCGCGCUGCUCGGGGUUGUCCUCAUAGCCGGGGUUGGGUUCUUCGUCUACCAAAAGAAGAAAGGCAAGGCAGCCCCCAGCCCAGUGCAGCCCUCACCGCCCAUCAACACGCUGGGCCAGGCCUACAGCAACCCCUCCUUCAGCGAGAAUAACCAAGUCAACCUGGGGUCAGGGUCGGUGGGUCACAAGUCCAACGGUUCCCUUAACGGAUACCCCGGCGGCUCCCUCAACGGGUACACCAGCGCCGAGGUACACAGGCACGCAGACCAUGACUCGCCACCCCUGCACAGGAGCCCCCUCGCCCAGCCCUCCGACAACAUCCCUCUCAGGACCAGGGACACUCAGCCGCAAGGAGGGCUGAUGAGAACCAACCCCAGCCCUCCUGAAUACUACGGGUCUUCCUCGCCCGCCCCGCCGCCCUCCUUCUCCAGCAGCACCUCGCCCAGCUACCCGAUCUAUGCCGAAAUUAAAAAGCCUAAAGACAGCAAGAAAAAGAUCAUGGACGACACAGACGACGAAGACGAACGGAGGAGCACUAAGUUUGCUUCCGUGAAGGACUCUCCCCCUCCACGACGGUCCAACAAGCAAGACGAUUAUGACGACGACGAGAGCGAUGACGUGGCCUACCCGGGUGGCAAACAUGUAGGUUUUGGGGAGGAGCCCGCCGAGGACGAGAAGAAGUCAGUGGCGUUCAAGGUGAAAGUGGAGACGAAGGAGAUAGAGGCAGAGAACAUGGGGCCGGCACAGAAGAAGGCUGAGGCGACAAAGCUCAUGGAGGCCAACAGGAAGAAGUUAGAGGAGGAGAGAGACGACGAGGACGAUGAGGAGGAGGAGGAGGAGGAGGAGAGUAUGAAGCUAUAGAGAAGGCUGCAUAUGAUUAGUUAUAGAGUAUAUAAAUGAAACUAUAUAAAGUAACUCCAAUUCUCUGUACUUUCUUGUUCACUAUUCUUGUAUAGCUUUGUCCUCACCUCUUUUAUUUACUGUUUUGCUCUCCUCAUGUAUAAGUUCCUAAGCAUAUACUUUGCUUAAACAUAUGAUACUGCAUUUUCACUAUCACUGCUAUGUUGUCCGAAAUAUUUUUCCUUCCUAAUGUGUGAUAUAUGAGUGUGUGUGUGUGUGUGUGUGUGUGUGUGUGUGUGUGUGUGUGUGUGUGUGUGUGUGUGUGUGUGUGUGUGUGUGUGUGUGUGCAUGAGUUUAAUGAUACGAUAAUAUAUGGUUUAAUGGCAACAAAGCACUCAAUAGUAACUGGAAAUCUGUAAAUAAUGGGGGAAGAAAUUACAUUAUAAUCGUGAUUUUAAAAAAUAAAGUAAAGGCUAAGUACUUACAGAUAGAUUCCAAACGCCCCUCCCAACAGCCCUGAAGGAAGAAAAAUAAAUGUGAAUUAAGGAA